AUGAAGGUCAAGCCGACCAAGACACCCUCCGAUGAUCCGGACGCAUACGAAGACCGUCUGAAGUUGUGCGCGUGGCAAGAAAAGGAGGAUCCAAAGAAAGAGACGGCGCAUUAUGUCGUUUCACAAAUACAAAACCCCGAGUUGUCGGACUCGGACGACGACGAUAAGGCACCAUCUCAAAGCACUCCAUGCGACAAAUACAUCCUCGAUUCUGGUACCACGACUCACAUCAUCAACAACAUGGAUACCAUGACCAACACGAAGCGCUUCCAUGUUCCUACUAGUAUUGGCAAGGGCACUGUCUACACUACUCACAUUGGCACGGUCCAAAUCGACCUUGCUCACACUGGACCGACAACCCUCUCUGAUACACUGUUAAUUCCGGACAUAGUGGCCAACCUGGUCUCUAUGGAGGCUGUUCGCAGUAAGGGUGUUCACUGCGACCCUCGAGCAUAUCCGGACAUUGUGGCCGCGCCGACACUGCCUCUCAUUGAGCGCUGUGCAAUUCCGUUAUGGAGUCUCCCAUAG